CCCAUCAUUAUAAAACCCCUAGACCAGAAGAAUCUUUUUCUCUUUGCUCUUUAGAUUCUCAAAAUCCAGAGAGAGCUCGUUAGGAAAAAUGAAGGCAGUGAUAGGGACAGUGGUGUCGAACAAAAUGCAGAUGUCGGUGGUGGUAGCCGUCGACAGACUCUUCCACAAUAAUAUCUACAAUCGAUAUGUCAAGCGUACUUCCAAGUUCAUGGCUCACGAUGAAAAGGACUCCUGUAACAUCGGCGAUCGAGUGAAAUUGGAUCCUUCAAGGCCUUUGAGCAAGCAUAAGCAUUGGAUUGUUUCAGAAAUCAUAAAGAAAGCACGCAUUUAUUCUCCACAAGCUGCUGCUGCGGCUCUCAAUUCCUCAACCUCCAUUGCUGAGCAGCCCCCUGUUUCGUCUUCCUAAGUUUUGCAGUUCUGGCGCAAACUCACCCCAGGGUCGAACAAUGUGGGUCGCAGACGUAGCACCAUCAGAAACAGAGAAUGUGGUAACUUCGAACAUAAUCCAUCAAGCUGUAGUGUAGUGCUUUAGUAGAUGAUAUUGAUCAGAUUUCGAUCUCCUGAUUACUUGUAUAAUUGAUGAAUCCGAAGUUACAGAUUAUCUAUUGAAAGUUUGAUGAAUAAUUUUCACUCUAGCGAAAAAAAGCUAAUUCAAAAAGACCAACAAGUUUACAGAGAUUGUGUU